ACGUUUCCGCAGACAAGACGUCCGUCACGGGAACGCGGCGCAGCAGUGCUUUGGCCAGCAGUUCAUUGGUGAAGUCCUGGAGAGGACUGAGGAGCGACUUGUUUAUGGAAUAGAGUACAACAGCACCCUGCUGGAGUGCACCCCUCGGACCUUACAAGCAAAAGUAAUUUGGUUUGUCCAGAGAGCACAUGAAACUAAGAAGGAAGAGGUGAAGACAGAUGAUAGAGUAAUAAAAAUGGACCUUGGCCUUUUAUUCCUGAAGCUGCAUCGACUGGAUGCAGGAACUUAUUUCUGUCAGACAGUGGAACACAGCAUUGUUCACACUGUCAGGAAAAUCACCCUGGAAGUAGUUGAGGAAGAACGAGUGGAUGAAAUGUUCAAUAAAGACUAUGAGGAGGAGAUACCUCACAAAAUGCCAUGCCCAAUGCAGAGCAGUAUACCUCAGGCUUCAAAGCCAUGGUAUAAAGAAUUUCUUCAACUGAUAGGUUACAGCAACUUCCAAAGGGUGGAAGAAUACUGUGAAAAAGUGUGGUGUACAGAUAAGAAGAGAAAAAAGCUGAAAAUGUCCCCAUCCAAGUGGAAAUAUGCCAACCCUCAGGAGAAGAAGACAAGGAUCAGGCCAGAGCAUUACCGGUUGCCCAGGAACAUAGCUGACUCUUGAUGGACAAAAUCCAUCCACCGUUUCUGAUUAAAAUUUUAUUUGGACUUAAGAGGGAGAAAUCAGUCAUGGUUUGAAUAAAUCUCACAGGUUUAUAUAUGUAAAAUAUUGGGACUGAAAACAAAAAUGCUAUGGUAAGUUAUAUUGUACACUCAUGAUGACUGUUUAGAAGCAUUUAAAUGAAAUCUUCCCAGCUAUCUGGUUCUAAGUAAGUCAAUGCAAUCAGAGUUUUGCAUUAGGGAGGACGUGACAAUCUUCAGACUCUGAGUGCUUGAAUCAGUUUCCUGUGUGGAUCGUGCUUGCGCUGUAUAUUGUUGCACAUGAUGGCAUAUUUAACAAAUUCAAAUAGCUAGAGCAUUCACAGGUGGAUGACAAGUGUGACACAUAUCUUUUCUUUGUUUCACAAAUUUCUCAUGCUUCUGAAAGCAGCACGUCUUAAGAUCUUAUUCCUUUUGAUUGCGACCUGUCUGAGUUUAUCACUGAGAACAAAGAGUUGUGUUAAUACAGUGUACUGCUAUUUCUAAAGAUAAUGAACAGAAAUUCUAUUUACUUCCCACCAUUUUUUGGGGUAUCAGUCAUUUAUGAAGCGCAGUGUCUCCCACAGCUAAAUUGUYUUGCCUGGUAACUUGAUGUAAAUCACAUGCAUGCUGAGAACACAGACAGAAUGAAAUUCAUCAAUUUAUCUACAUAAGAAGUUGAAAUAAUGGUUUAGAUCGAAAAUGAGUCCAUCUUGUGUCGGUGCAUUGCCUCAGUGGUAACGCGAAUUAAGGGAUCGCCCUCUUGUGGCAAAAGAAAGCGAAACCCGAUAUUUAAAUUUGUUUUCUGAAGAAAUACGUGUUAGCAGAGAAGUAUUAGCGAGAUCCACAGCUGGUUUGCUUUCAGCAGACACUUUUAGUCUCCAUGUGCUAAACUCACAGAUUUAGAAGGCAGUGCUGGAAGUAAUUUAUACUGGAAAGGCAGCAUUUAAAAUAAGCUUUGCUUUAUGUUGUUAAUGUGCUUUUGCGGUAAAAUGCAGUCAUAAAAAGUUAGGAUGAAGAUUAGAAACAAAACCAGUAUCAUGCAGCUGGUUUCUAUAGUUUCAGGAUCUGCUCCACACAGAUCUUUUUCUGAUGUGUGAUCUCUWGUCUAAAGGGCUGCUUUUCUGCUCUUAUGAGUGAUACCAGGAAAAGACACCAAAAAAAAACUAAGUCACUUACAACCUAGGUCUUUCAAGGCAUACUUUAAAAAAAAAAAAUGUAUGUAUGUGUAUAUAUAUGUCUAUAUAGAUCUAGAUAUAAUAUACAUAUAGAUCUAUAGAUAUAUAUMUUGCUUGAAAUACAAGAAUCCAGAUGCAGAAAAUGAAGAAAAACUAGCAUUUCACCACCUGAGAAAUUUAGGAUUACAAUGUGGAUUGGAUUUUUGAUUUUUUUUUCAAUUUAAAAUAUUUUAAAAAUGAAAAAUAACUUGAACACAAGUUAAAUAUAAACCCAAAAUAAACAUAAACCCAAAUUAAACAUAAAMACAAAUGAGCCACAUAUGAAUUAUCUCCUAAAAUAAGAAUAUGAUGCCAAUAGGGGAAAUGACCAAGAUGAUCCAGUUUUUUAUGCCAUCAAGAAAAUGCACAAGGGAUUCAUAAGCUACAMAGGGUUUCAUGUUGAGCUUCAAGUAACAGAUAUUGUGGUUUGCAYUGUUAACWAAUGCAGCAGUCGAUGCUMACCCAGUGUUUUCCAAACAAGCUGYUUGUGAGAAGAACUCACAGCUGCUGGCAGGACCAGUGAGCUUUGCUGUGCUCCUCUGGGAGCAGACACUGUCCCAGUGUUUGGACAGAACACAUGGCACACUGUCAGCAGCCAGUGUGAGGAAAACAGGAUUUCACCUGGUGUGGGUACAGCAGSAGAUAAAUCUCCAUCAGCCUGUUAAGGGAAUCAGUAGUCUGWGAGUUUGCAUUUCUCUUAGCUACAAUAUCCCUCUUAGAGAUGAGACUGGAAAUUCUGCCCAUCCUUGCAUGAAUCCAGGCAGCAGCUAGCUGUGAUCUGAUAGARGAGACUGGAUAAAUUCAUGUUUCUGUGGCAGUUUAAUGGAAUUUAGUUGCAUUUAGGAUCUCCUGCAUGUCUACAGCUAAAUGAAAGGUGCCAGCACUGAAGGCUGUGGCAGAGAAUACACACAGAACAAGCAUCCCUGAUCUGUACUUAAUCAGCAAUACAAACCUCACUGAUAUUCUUGGUGGAAAACUUUUAAAACACUACUAAAAUCCUUUUCUGAUUAAUUAUGGAGUCCACUUAUUUUAAAAAGCAAUGGGAAUUAUUUUUUACUUUUUUGGUUCAUUUGCAAGUAUCUAGUGCUAAAUGUAUCAUUAAUGAACUAUUAGAAAGGAAUUAUAGAAUCUCAGCCUCAUGGAGCAAAUAUAACUUUGUGUCUCAUUCUCAGAGAUUUCAGGUGGACAUCAUGUGAUAUGGAAAUCAGGAUUCCUGAUUUAAUAUGAGAGUGUGUAUUUUUAGCUACCCAUCCCUUUAGUGUUUACAUGUGGAGAAUUGCAUUACCUCUUUAUUUGCCUUUUAAACUUUAAAUUUGUAGCUUAUACCUUGCUCCUGUCAUGGUUGCAAUGCCUGUGAGAAUUCAGAACUACAAGGUCUUGUUCAAAGAGUGCUCUGACAUCUAUGGAAGAAGAGAGAAAGAGUGAAAAUGUACUUUGGAAGGAUAUGCACAAAUGUGCAUUUAACACAAUGUUAUUUAAAAUGCUUCUUUGUAUAUUUGGGGGGCAUUGUCUGCUUCUUUUCAUUAUGAGUUUGAUGUAUUUUGUAUGUGCAUGAAAUGGUCAAAUUAUAAAUAUAAUUAAGAAUCAUA